AAUUUAAUAAUAUAUUAUUUCUUUGAUCGAUGUUUAGCUGAACUGCCUUCUCAAUUUGCUACUUGUUACUGAGCUGGCCUUGGUUUGUUUCGGGGUUAUGUUUACAUUUUGAAACUAACCUUCAAAUAUAACUUUACCGUUCUAAUCCAUUGGCAUAUAAACAUAUAUGGUUUUUUCCAUUGACUAAUUUUUUGGAAGGCAUACAAUUACAGAUUUAUUUAUUUCUUGCCUGGUGAGUUAGAUAGCGAUCGUCUAUCGACCUCAGAUAAGAUUAUAUGUUUCUACGGUGAUAGAAGCUAUUCUGUUCUUGUACUAGCCUAUGAACAAAUUUAUUUUGUAUUUUUAGGGCUGUACGAUCAUUGGUACGUCACAAAAAAGUCCCUCUAAAUUGAGUCGGCGGGUUUAUGAUACAGGAACAGGAUCUAUGAGCGCGCAGGCUCGAUUUACUCAAGUACCAAAUGAUUGACUCGGUAUCUGCUAUCUUACGUAGCGGGUCUCAAUUAACUGAGCAAAUUUUUGGUUCAUUGAACACAAAACGGGUGCAAAGUGCCCUAGAUGGUGCGCAGACUCAUCCGGUGCAACUUAAGGUGAUAAGGUACCCCUUAAUGGCACGCAGGCCAUUGGUAGUAACCUUUAGGAGUGAGGUCUGUCCCUCUAGUCUCCUAUGAAUUAGAUAGAGUCAAGCUGAUUUUUUCAGGUUGAUCUCUUUACAAAGGUGAGUGUAAACGAUACAGUGAUACAUUUACCUCAAAGUAUUGAUUUUUGGCAUUUCGCCAUGCAAUGCAAUGUUUAAAACAUAAAUGUGACUUCAACAGUUAGUCGACAUCGGGUAGCUAACUUCCGGCUACUUUUCUUUCGAGCAAUCAUGUGUACUGAGUUGAUGUUUUCAUUAGAUACCGCCUGUCCUGGAUGACUCUUACACAAAAAUGGACAUAGAACGUUUACAACAUUUAAAUUUGGCUAACUUUACAUUAAUCAGUAGGUAUUAUAUGCUUAAAUUUGGUACAGACUAGACGAAUCGAUUCUUUUCCAUAAUUUUGAACUAUUACUUCAUAUCUUUGAGGUUAUGGGUCGAUAUUUAAUUCUUUUUCCAUGCAAUAACAUAAAAUAGACAUAUUAUAAUAAACAUAAAAUUAUUUUUGGUUUUUCUCAUUGGUUUUUGAUAUGGCAUACAUUUAUAAAUACAAUAUUUCCUCGAACAAUUUUACAAUUUUUUAUAUUGGGGAAGUUGGCACUUUUGCUUGAUGUGUUCUUUCGCUCACAGCUGAUUGUUGAUUUUUAUAAUCUUGAAACGAUUUCCUGUAUAUUUACAGGCUAAAUGCAUAACUUAAUAUUCUCAAUUUCACACUUAAUAAAAUGUACGCAAUUUGUGCACAGAUUAUUAAUUGGACAAAUUUAUCCGGCUUUAUUUUUAAUAAUAAUUUCCUGUUCCAGGUCUGUAACAAUAUCCAUGGAGCUUUGUUUUUGUUUGAGUUGGAACUUGACCUCGCCUCGUUGUGGACAAAAUAUCAUAAUAUUUACACGGUGGAUCCGGGAUUAUGUGCGGUAACUGCUGCUGCUCGUCCUGGAUUUCAAGGAGGCACUGGGUCAUCGCGCAUAUACUCCAUCCAGGAUCGUUGCAUGCAAGGUAUGGGCGGAGACGAUAUGGUAUGUGGAGACGAGGUGGUCGGCGGGGUUGACGCAUCGGGGAUUGCAGCAACGCUGGUGACUGGCUCCGAAUGAUGUGCGUCCGGAUG